CAGUCUAUAAAUAAGGUGAUCUACAAGAUGGGAAUUCAUACCUGUCUCUUACAGUUUGAGUCUCAAAAGAGAGAAGAAAUGUCUAAGAGAGUUAAAGUGAAAGUGGUAAAGGGUGCAGAUUUGGUUGUCAGAGACCGGCGAAGCAGUGACCCCUAUGUUGUGCUGACACUUGGUAACAAUAAAGCUAAAACCAGGGUUGUCUGGCAAAACCUAAAUCCAGUUUGGAAUGAAGAGUUUGUAUUUCCCAUAACAGAUACUAAUCGCUGCUUUCUCAAAAUAAAAGUGUGGGAUAAGGAUAAGUUUUUGAGCAUUGAUCAUCUUGAUCCGGAUGAUUAUAUGGGAGAAGCUGAAGUAGAUCUGAAUCAGCUUGUUAAUGGAGUCAGUGAUGUCAAAAAAGACAAAAUUGUGUUGCCCACAUCAAAAUCAAACUGCUUUUUCAGAGACAGUUAUGUCACAGAGUCUGCAGAUGGUAAGAGAGUUCAAGAAGCGUGCUUGAAGCUUCGUAAAGUUGAUUCUGGUGUUGUGGACCUGCAAAUAGAAUGUCCAGCUUAGAAUAAGUAAUGAAAGUACCAAUCUUAAUGUGUAAUGAAAGCCAAUACUAUUACUUACAGUCCAUCCUACUUUGGUAUAGCUACUCUUAAAUGUCACUGCUGACAUAUUUCUGUAAGCUACUAUGCUAUUUUAUAAUAUAUUUUAAAAAUAGAUGUUAUAUUAA